AUGAAAAGCAGUCCUCAUUUGUGCUGCUACAUCUCUGCUGGAAGUCACAUGAAGGUGAGGAUGCUGGAGGAAUCUGGCAUGUUCAAUGUUUCUUGCUUGGCUGCUCAGCCUUACUUUCAUCAGAGUUGGCUAAUUCGUCUUCAGGAGCUGAUAAAGGCUCCGUCUCGCUACAGCAUCAAGAUCAAAAUCCGACAGUUACCGAUGGGAAGUAAAGACGCUCGGCCGCUUCUUAAAGAGAUGAAGAAGGGGAAAGAGUUUUGUGUCAUCUUUGACUGCUCGUACCAGACCGCAGCAGACGUCCUCAAACAGCUGUUGUCUAUGGGCAUGAUGACUGAAUACUACCAUUUCUUCUUUACCACGCUGGAUCUGUUUGCGUUGGACCUGGAGCCGUACCGAUACAGUGGCGUGAACAUGACGGGUUUCCGUCUGCUCAACAUCGUCAACCCUCAUGUGGCGUCAGUGGUGGAGAAAUGGUCCAUGGAGCGACUGCAGGCUCCACCCAAACCCGAGACCGGCCUGCUGGAUGGAAUGAUGACAGUCUGUCCAUCCUCUUUUCCUUUAUGUAUACACUCUUACAAAUAUGCACUACAGAUAUGUCAAAAGGAAUCACUUUCACUGAACUCGUUGUUGGCUCAGUGGAACGGACUGACCGGACAGAUCAUCAUAAACAAGACGGACGGCCUGAGGAAAGACUUCGAUCUCGACAUCAUCAGUCUGAAAGAGGAUGGGAUGGAAAAGCUGUUUAUGGAAAGUGGUCGCUUUAACAAAGUAUGGAAGAAGAUCGGUGUGUGGAACUCAAACACUGGCCUUAACCUGACAGACAGCAAUAAAGACAAAAACACCAACGUGACGGACUCCAUGGCCAACCGCACGCUCAUCGUCACCACAAUUCUGGAAAACCCAUAUGUGAUGUACAAGAAGUCAGAUAAGCCGCUGUAUGGGAACGACCGGUUUGAAGGCUACUGUUUGGAUCUCCUGAAGGAGUUGUCCAACAUCCUGGGCUUCUCCUAUGAAGUCAAACUGGUGUCUGAUGGGAAAUAUGGAGCUCAGAAUGACAAAGGAGAAUGGAAUGGCAUGGUCCAAGAGCUGAUCGAUCAUGUGGCAGAUUUGGCCGUGGCACCACUCACCAUUACUUACGUGCGAGAGAAAGUCAUCGAUUUUUCUAAGCCCUUCAUGACCCUGGGAAUCUCUAUCCUCUACCACAAACCCAAUGGCACCAAUCCAGGUGUCUUCUCCUUCCUGAAUCCGCUCUCUCCGGACAUCUGGAUGUACGUGCUGCUGGCCUGCCUCGGGGUCAGCUGUGUGCUGUUCGUCAUUGCCAGGUGUCUUCUCCUUCCUGAAUCCGCUCUCUCCGGACAUCUGGAUGUACGUGCUGCUGGCCUGCCUCGGGGAUCGGAGUUGAUGCCUAAGGCUUUGUCCACCAGGAUUGUUGGAGGUAUCUGGUGGUUCUUCACCCUCAUCAUCAUCUCGUCCUACACGGCUAACCUGGCCGCCUUCCUCACCGUGGAGCGAAUGGAUUCGCCCAUAGACUCGGCCGAUGAUCUGGCCAAACAGACCAAGAUUGAGUAUGGCGCCGUGAGGGACGGGUCCACUAUGACUUUCUUUAAGAAAUCAAAGAUCUCCACCUAUGAGAAGAUGUGGGCGUUCAUGAGCAGCCGGAAGAACACGGCGCUGGUGAAGAAUAACAGAGAGGGAAUCCAGCGUGUUAUGACCACAGAUUACGCUCUUCUGAUGGAGUCCACCAGCAUCGAGUACAUCAGCCAGAGAAACUGCAACCUCACGCAGAUCGGAGGACUCAUCGACUCAAAGGGCUACGGAGUCGGCACUCCUAUUGGCUCCCCGUAUCGUGACAAGGUGACCAUCGCCAUCCUGCAGUUACAGGAGGAGGGGAAACUGCACAUGAUGAAGGAGAAGUGGUGGCGAGGAAACGGCUGUCCUGAGGAGGACAGUAAAGAGGCCAGCGCUCUGGGAGUGGAGAACAUCGGAGGAAUCUUCAUCGUGCUGGCGGCUGGACUCGUCCUGUCUGUGUUCGUGGCCAUCGGCGAGUUUAUCUAUAAGUCCAGGAGGAACCUGGACAUCGAGGAGGUGAGCGUGGGACAGUGUGAAUGGCACAAAAAAUACUGAUGGAGAUGGUGGACAACGCAGGACUUCAGAGGACGUCAGUGGGAGUUUUAUAAUGUACUUUUGCUCCUCGACCUUAUUAAAUCCAAACACGCUGACGAAACAUUACUUGUAUGAUGUCAGCUGUGUGAGAACUGGUGGCGACGUUGGAUACUGAGCAACAUUUUUUUUAAACAUUUUUUAUUUUCAGAUGGACAAAAAGGCAUCUGUCAGUGAGAUGUGAAUCAAGACAGGAGUGUAAGUUUGCAGUUUAACUAUUACGCCAGUUACUGUAUCGUUGAGUAGUUCACUCCCAUGUAGUUUGUAUUUAGAUUUAAAAGACUUGAACGUUUUAUUCUUUACAGACAUAUUCCUCCUUAAUCUAAUUUAUGAUAAGGCAUGUCUGUGAGUUUUAUUAUAGGUGAUGUGUGUAAUUUUUCAUGUUGAAAUGAGUCAAUUAUACAUCAUUGAUUCAUAGGUUGAUUUUCCAGAAGAGUGCAAACAACAUUAUUCUGUUUUUUUUUUCUUUUAAACAUUUUUAUGUGAAAUUAAUUAAAAUUUAUUGCAAUAUGGGGAAGUCAGUGUGGUUUUCAGGUU